GUAGAACUUCUUCCAAGACAACAGUCAAGGAGGUUGCCACCACUAAAUGGCUCCAACGAAAACCACCAAGGUCUCUUCGACUUCAAAAUCCUCUAUCCAAAAAAACACUGCGUCUGGUGUCGGUGCACCUUCUCAACUUGCUCAAUCGAGCCGUAAGAGCAAGAAGGCAUGGCGGAAAAACAUUGAUAUACAGCCUGUGGAACAGGGCCUAGAGAGUCUGCGUUCAGAGGAGCGGGUCAUCGGUUCUACGCUACAGAAACAGACAGACGAUCAAUUAUUUGUUGUGGACACCAAAGGAGACGAUAAAGUCCGCAAGUCGUUACCGCGGUACUCUAAGGCUGAGUUGACUUCCACAAAAAUACUUUCCCAACGAUCUGCCAUUCCUGCCGUGUUUUCUCGCCCAACAAAAGACACUAUAACAUCACGAUCAAAAGUCAGUAGAGCUGACAAGGAGCGCCUUCUUCGCAUUGCAAAGCGGCCCAGAAAGGGUCCAUUCAAUGCCAUUAUGGACCACACAGAGUUUGGUGCAGGGAGUGCUUUAAUCGAUGUCAGCGCUGCUGUGAAACAUAGCGGUUCUUAUGACCCAUGGAUUGCAGAGGAGGUGGAAGAAGUGGCUGAUGGAUUGGAGUAUACCCAGAAACCCAAAAUUAAGCGCCCGGAAUUAUCUCAUCCCCGCGAUAUCAUAGAAGUUCCUGCUGUGCUGGAGCCACAUCAAGGAUCAUCAUACAAUCCCCCUGCCGCGGCACAUGAUGAGCUUAUUGUGGAGGCAUGCAGACUGGAGCGACGCAGACAAGAUGAAGCGGAUCGAUUAGCUGAAGUUCGACGCAAGGUUGCCGAUGCACGUGCACUUGCUACAAAUGUCACGGAGGGCCUUCCACUUGGAAUGACUUUGGAUGAGAUACCCACAGACGACGGUGAACCAGUCGCACAGCACGAUGCGGUUGUACCCAAGAAACCAUCGACACGUAAAACUAAGCAGCAACGAGCAAAGGCGCUGCGAUUGCGCGAGGAGAAACGAGCCUUGGCAGAAAAGGCGGCAAGAAAAAAAAUGCUUGCUACGAUAACAAUGGUUAAAUCUCUCCGUUCAACUGCGGAGAAAGUCGGCCAACAACAAAAUCAAGCGCGAUUGGCAAGGCAGUUGGCGCUAAAGAUGAAGCUUAGAAAGGGUCUGGCUGGCCAACGGCUAGGGAAAUAUAAAGUUCCUGAAAAUGAAAUCGAGGUUCAGAUUGGGGAGGAUCUGAGCGAAAACCUACGAACGCUGAAGCCCGAGGGCAACUUAUUCCGUGAUCGCUUCCGUAGCAUGCAGCAAAGAGCCCUCAUUGAGCCUCGCGUACCAAUCCUCCCAACCAAGCGAGCGAAGCUGAAAGAGUUCGAGAAGCACGCCUGGAAAAGAUUUGAGUAGCUAGUAUUACUCUUGUCCUAUGCUACCGGCCUUCAAGUGUUGACAGGACGCACUUGCCUCCAGUGCAUGUUGUACUACAUCAGUUGCAUUGCAUGUUUCGGCACUUGUACUUUUUGCAGUAAGUUUG